CCCUGGUGGAUCCAGGAAGUUGUCCUUUAAAAAGCGCAUCUUCAGCCCGCUUUUGAGCACCGCCUCGUCAGAGCAGCAUGAGGACUGGUUCGCCAGGCCCCCUAAGUGUUCUGGGGCUGCCACCACCGCCUCAGUCCGAGCAACCGCUGUGGGCAGAGAGAGCCACUCGCAGGUCGACAAGCAGGGGCACAGGGGCUCUGCAUUCCCCGCUUGCUGCUGGCCUCUUCUCCUCUGGAGGUGGCACUCACUGUUGCUGCUGAGAAGCCAGCCUGCAUUUCCCUGCCUGUUGGUGAGGAGUUGAGACAGCUCCUCCAGCCAGGACACACAUGGCUUGUUACCUGGUCAUCAGUUCCAGACAUCUCAGCAAUGGGCACUACAGGGGCAUUAAGGGAGUCUUCAGAGGUCCCCUCUGCAAGAAUGGAUCUCCGUCUCCGGAUUUUGCAGAGAAGGAGAAAUCCACAACAAAGGCUCUGGAAGAUGCAAAAGCAAACUUUUACUGUGAAUUAUGUGACAAGCAGUAUCACAAACACCAGGAGUUUGACAAUCAUAUUAAUUCUUACGACCAUGCUCAUAAGCAGAGACUGAAAGAAUUAAAGCAACGAGAAUUUGCUCGAAAUGUAGCUUCCAAGUCAUGGAAAGAUGAGAAGAAACAAGAAAAAGCACUUAAGCGACUCCAUCAGCUGGCUGAGCUGAGGCAGCAAUCUGAAUGUGUUUCUGGAAAUGGACCAGCAUACAAAGCCCCCAGGAUAGCCAUGGAAAAGCAGCUCCAGCAGGGAAUUUUCCCAGUUAGGAAUAGCAGAAAGGUCUCCUGCAUGAAGAGCACCCUUCUCCUCAAGGGAAAGAACCUCUCCAGAAGCACCACGGAUAAGCAGCGAUUUGCCCCACCCAACAGACAAUAUCUACAGUCAGAUAGACGGUACCUGUUUGGAAACAAGAUGACACAAACAUCUUCAGAUGUCAGCAAUGCAAACCACAGGACAGGAGUUUCCUUUUCAUUUUCAAAAAAAGCCUAUCUAAAACUAGAAUCCUCAGCCUCUGUUUUCAGCGAGAACACAGAAGACACCCAUGAUUGUAACAAGUCACCCACCUAUAAAGCUAAACACACAGUUGAGAAAUGCAUGUGUUGCAGCUUUGCAAAUGACGAUCCACACCUUGCUAAGGAAAGAGGCAUCAUCUCACCAAGCCAUCUGGAAUGUGUUUUGAACAGCACCUUCUCGAUGAACUCCAAAAUGUCACAAAACAAAAAUGAGAGACUGAAAGAUUCAUCAGGCAUUCAUGCUUCUUUGUCUAGGUCUAACCUCCAUCUUUCUGAAAGAGAUUUUACUCUUUCCAGCAGAGAGAAAGAAAUUAGAAACACAUUGAAGGACACUUCAGAAAACUGCAUUAAACACCCAUGCCAAACAAAUGAAUCCACCACUCCACUAAACAUUUGCAAGCACAGUGACAACAGUUGGUGUGAAAGUCUGGAUGAGUUUCUGCCUUCUGGGCCAAGGGAACAGAAGAUGAGAGCACAUCUGAAUUCUAACUCCACAAAGGAAGACAGAGUGAAGUCCUUAGAUGAAGCAGAAAGAGUUAACGACGAUGUACGAAGACUUUGCACAGAAGGUUGUCCACAUGAUCUAAAAUCCAAACCAUUGCCCUUUCUCCAUGUGCAGAGCAAGGAUGGCCACACCACUCUACAGUGGCCUACAGAACUUCUGUUCUUUACCAGAACAGAACCGUGCAUAUCAUAUGGCUGUAAUCCAUUAUAUUUUGAUUUCAAACUUUCACGAAACACAAAGGAUGAACAUAAUUCAGAGAGUGUAAGAAGAGAACUGGAGAAUGAGGCUUUGGAAGUGAAACCAAAGACAGAGAGCCAAGUCUCAGGUUUAAUUAACGAACAACAAAAAAUGACCCAAGAUAAUCAAUCUCUAAAGCCAAGGAUGAUUAUAGCUAACCCAGAUUGGGAAAAGUUCCAGAACAAAUAUAAUUUGGGCUACAAUGAUUCUGGUUCUAGCAUGAGUGAGCAUGAUAGUCUAAGAGACUUGGAAAUGAGAAGUCCUGAAGUGCCUGCUUACCUUAAUCUGUCUCUAAAGGAUGGCAUAAGGAAGGAUAAUGCUUGUGGUAUUGAAUUUAAGGAACCUUCAAAUGUCCACUGGCAAGGCUGCAAAGGGGCAAUUCUACACAAUGCUCAGGAGGGUCUUUCAUGCUCUCCUCACAUCUCUAGGACUAAAAAGCAUAAACUGAAUCCCUGCAGUCCAUGUUCAGAGUUUGAAGAAGAAAACCAAUGUAGCUGGAAUUUGAGUCCUCAUACAUCAGAGGGUCAAGUUGAAUACAGGAAAGAUAUCACUGAGAGUUUAACUCACUGCAAUAUCAGCCUGGCCAGCAGAGUGUCUCCAAGUGGCAAACAAAGUUAUGACAGAUGUUCUCCAAAGCCACCUCUGAGUGACCAUCCCAGAACUUGGGAUGAGUCUCCCAGAAACAUGUCCAGCUGGAGAAACAUGUGUUCUAGUCAUCGGUCCAAUGGCAGGGGCAGCAGUCAUUUGCUCUACGUUUGUAAAACAGAAUGUGACUCAAUUGAAAGGCACAUGUGGAAACACAGGAAGCACAAGUGCCUCUACUUGUCUGAUGUGCCAAUAAGCAGUCAGUGUCCCCAGUCAGAAACUCAGAGGGACAGGAAUGAUAAAUCAUGGGACUCACUGAAAAGUAAAAAACAGUCAAAACACAGAAACUGUCACUGUAAAGAAAGAUAUAAAUUGGGUAAAAAUCAACAAUUUGCAGGGACCAAACCAAUGAGAACUUUCCACUGUGAUUCCAGUUCACAGAUGUCCCUUGACGAAAAUAGUGAAAAGCAGUUUAAUGGCCUAGGACCUCAGCACAGCAAAUCAGGAUCCUAUUUGAGACGGAGAGCAUACUGUUUAAAUAAAAACAAGAGAAGCCAAAAGUCUUUGGCCAGCCUUCACCUUUGUGAUGUGGAAAAAGUCAGGUGCAGACAAUGCAACUUGGGCAGUCUCAACUACCUUUUAAGGAACUGUGUAGCUGGCCCUUCAGAAUCCACACAAUCAAAAUUUCCAGCUGGAGAAGGUCCUUCCCUGACAGCCAAGGGUCUUUUAGAAAGAGUAAAAGCCAAGAAGUGUCAGGAGAAAUUAACUAAGCUUGAGGUCUCUUCAAAGAGUGAUCUAAAACAUUCAAACACCCAUUCACAAAUCUCACACACACUUCAGCCUGGAUCACCAAGCUAUAACAGAACAACAUUGCCUUUUUCAGAGAAGACACAACAAAUGGGCAAAAGAACAAAUGACAGGGGCAAUAAGAUUCACAAGUCUUUUGACAAAGACAAAAUGAAAAGCUCACAAAGAAAUAAUUUUACUAUUUUAACAGACACUGAAUGUGAUAACUAUCUCUCCAAAGGCACGAAUCCAGUAAUGAACUCUCAGACUUUAAGCAGAAAAGAGAGCCAGACAACAAAAGAACAAUCUGAAUCUUCAAUUAGUGAAGGCCAGCCUUUUUUUGGAAGCUGUGACCCAGUACCAAAUGAUUUCCUUGGUGCUUUUCCAUCUAAUAGAUAUACUGGUGUAACAGAGACCAAAGAGGACCAGAUAAAUCAAGACUUACAAGAUGUAAGCAUGUCUAUGAAUCAUGUAGAGGGGAAUAUAAACUCUUACAGUGACAGGACUAUGCAGAAGCAUGACAAAGUGGAAGAUGAGUUAGAAGUGUGUCAUAAAUCUCUCUCCCCACCUUUAAUUCAACAGCCAAUAACAUUUUCUCCUGAUGAAAUAGAUAAGUACAAGCUUCUCCAGCUACAAGCCCAGCAGCACAUGCAGAAACAGCUCCUGUCAAAGCAUCUCCGCGUAUUGCCUGCUGCGGGGCCCACUGUCUUCUCUCCGCCCUCAGCUGUGCAGACAGUUCCUGUCCACCAGCACACAUCCAUCACCACCAUCCACCACACAUUCCUACAGCAUUUUGCUGUUUCUGCUUCCAUAAGCUCCCACAGCAGCCCCCUCCCUAUAGCUCAUCUGCACCCACUGUCACAACCACAUUUCACUCCUAUUUCAUUUUCAGCCGUGGCUCCAACCAUCAUCCCUGCACACCCUACUUUCCUAGGACAUCCACUGCAGUUAGUUACCGCUGCCCCCUUCCAUUCAUCACAUGUAGCAUUUCAGACACUGCCUCCUACAGCGUUUAUCCCCACAUUGUUUGGUCCUCAUUUCAAUCCAGCCACAACUUCUAUCUUCCAUUUGAAUCCUUUAAUCCAACCAGUGCUACAAGGACAAGAUCUUUGUCAUCACUCUUGUUCCAACCAGAUGCAACAGUUAAAUAGUGUGAAAGAGGCCUUAAAUAUGUCGGUACACUUGAACUAAUCGUUAUGACAACUCGUCUUAUGAAUAAAUAACACGAACUGUCUCUACCUGCAAAACAAUGCAUUAACACCAUCUCCCCCAUUACUACAAGGUUUAAAAUAACGGUGCCAAGUCCAAAUGUAAUUCAUACAUAAAUAUAAACUUAAUUAUCAUAAUAGAAAUGGGAGAAUUUUUAGAACAUGUUCUGGCAAAAAUAAUACAUCAAAUUAAAAUAAUUUUCUGGGAAGGAAUGUUAGGAAGUAUUAAAGCAUGGUUUAUGAUAUGUCAUCAAUGAAUGAUGAAACUGGUAAAAGAAAACACUCUGGAACAUGACAAAUAUGAAGGAAAAAUAGAAUACCCUAUGUUUGAAGUGUUUGAUGAGUGAGUGGUGAAUGAAUAUGAAUUUCAGCUUCAUUUUUCAGAUAAUAUUAAAAUGAACCAAUGAUUAAGGAUAAUUUCUUUUUACAUAGCUUUCUUAGAAUCUAAGAUAUAUUCUGAUUUACAGAAGCUGAAAACAACUACACAAAGUAACUUUACAAUUCUUGAAAUUCUGUAAAAGAUCAUUUUGCUUCACUACAUAUGUAACUAUAUCAAGAUCACCUUUUAUUAAUCAAUAGCAUCAGGAAUUAAUAAUGUUUAAAUUUUGUAUCAGAAUGUAUACAAAAGAUAUUAUUAUUAUUAUUUGAUAAUUCAAAGUAAAAUAUCCAUACAAUAACAUUUUACACAUAUUGAUAAUUGUUUCAAAUAUAAGAACUAAAAAAGUUAAGUUUUCUUUAAAACUCAGAAACUUCAUUGUGUUCAGGAAUAAGAAACAUGAGACUUAGAAAUGAUAAAUUUUAUGAAGGUAAACCAAGUUAUCCUCCAUGUGAUUGCAAAUAUUAAUUCAAAAGACUUCCUGGCCUAUAGAAUUUUCACUUCUUGUAUUAUAUGUGAAUGGUCAUAUAUUUGGUGUAUAAUUUAAUAUCCUUAUAGUUAUGAAAGUAUUACAUCUCCUGUAUCUAUGGGUUUCUGAAAAGUGACAUUGACAGAGGAGAAUGUGGCCACUAUCUGACAAUGAGGUGAAGAUGUAACCUCAAACACAAUGGUGGAAAGAGCAACACUUACUCAGCUCUGGAGGAAGGCAUCUGCAUUCUCCAAAUGCAUGCAUUUCACUGCAGGCAAGUGAAGCACUUAGUCCACUUUAUCCUAUUCCUCACAUCUGCAGAGUUCAAUAUUAUCAUUCUUCAUGUCAUCAAUGCAGUUGAAAAAUUAAACAGCUGUUUUUCGUGUAUGGUAGAAAGACACUAAUUUUCUCCUAAAGAGACAGCAUGAGGAAAAAAGGAAAUAAAUAAAUAAAUCUGAAAGGUUAACAUAAAGAAGAAAUGUACUUACCAAAGUAACAUCAAACAUUUGUUUAUUGGCCCAUUUAUUGGAAUAUAGAAGGGGCAGAGUCUGCCCUAUGUAAAAUAAAAUGAAUAAAAAGAAAGACACCUAUCAAACAGCAAGAAAGCCCAUACUUGCAUAUAAUUCCACAAAAGUAACUGUUAAAGUUAUUGCAUUUUGGGUAAAAUAUCCUAAGAAGAAAAAAGUUGAAAUACUACUACAAAUAUAGGAAAUAACCUCCCCAAAUCAAAAUAUAUUGUGGAUAAUUAGUUUCUCAAUAGAAUUAUAAACAUGGCCCAAAGGCCAAGACAGAGUGAUUCUGAAUAGUAAAUAGAGAGCUCAUUACAGCAAGACAGAACAUCUGAUUGAUACUUAAAUUGCCUUGGAGACCAUCAAGAAUCUCAAAAAGCUAAAUCAGGGAACCUUUCUACUGGGCACUUAGAUAUAUCAAUGUAAGUGGAUAGUUUGGAAAUGACUGUUCCAUCUUGCAGGAGAAUGAUGAAAGUGCUCAGUGGAUAUUCCACCUCAUACAAUGGAAAAAGGGCAUUGACACCUAACAAAAAUAACUUGUAUUCCAAUGUGACAAGUCAUAAAACCUGUAACAUCACAUCAGGGGAAGGUACAGCAGUCAUGACACUUUCUGUUUCCAUUUUUAAGGAAUGCAUCCUUAAAAACAUAAACAGAAAGAAGUCUAAGAAUAUUCUGAAUUCUAAAUUAGAGCCAUUAAAACACAGUCUUAUGGAUCAUACUUUGAGCACCACAUCCGUCAAAUUAUUUGAUAAUUGAUUUGAGCAAUUUUCUAUUACAUGAUAAAUCUGUGGAAUAGAUUUUUGUGAGUUCACUCUUUACACUUAGUCAUUGGGCCUUUUUGUGUAUUUUUCCAAGAAGCAAGAUUAAAUUAAAGAUAAAUUCUGUUGAGAAUGGCUGCAAAGUAUUUACAUACACACACACACACACAUAUACAUAUAUAUAUAUAUAUAUAUAUAUAUAUAUAUAUAUGUUCACAUGUGGCCCAUGAACACACAUGUGUCUAUUCUGUCUCUAAAUAUUCAGAGUCAUUCCACCAUCAUAUGCCUCAAUGAAUUCAGAGAUGAUAAAAGAAAGUGAGCACUUUGUGUGAUGUACUAACAAUGAGUAAAGACCAUUUUCUUAAUCACUAUCAGAAGUUUGAAGAAAAAAAGGCAAUGUGGCUAUAAAAUCUGUUCUCUGACUUUUAUGUUCACCUUUGUACAAGUUAUAAGCAAUGAAAUAUGAGAUUUAAUUCGACAGUGGAGAAUGAUUUACAAAGUUCCUAAUUCCGAGACUUUGAUUCCCCCAUCACCUUGUAGGAAAACAUUUCAGAAUGAUCUGAAAUAUCUAUCUCACAGAAAAUGGGUUUGAUGGUGCCUGCUUUUUCAGGCUGUUAGGUCUUCAUGGAAUCUCUCUUAUCAUUGGGAGGAGACACAUUUAAAAAGAAAGAGUCCUUCAAAAAUUUCUCAUUAAACGGAAUUUUUAAUUACCAGAUUAGCCAGGACCAAUCAUAUUGCAAGGCCUCAGUGUCUUCUUGCAUGAAGUUUUUCUAUAGAAACAAGGACGGAAACACGGAAGUUUCUAAAAUUUGAAUAAUACUUUGAAGUUUUUAUUUGAAUACAUCACGUUCUUCAAGCCUUCAAAUUAGUAACUGUAGAUAUUAAGUUGGUCUGCAAACAGGAAUACUGCAAUAUUUCAGGAUUCUAUAUGAAAAUAUAAGAAACACCUUCCCAGGAUGCUUCUAUGAGGUUUGCAGGGAUUGCAUUGAUAAUGGUAUAAAAGUAUAGUACAACUGUACAUUUUUCUUAAAAAUAUUCUCUAUGAUUUUGGAGGAUGAUUGUUUAAUAUUCUGAAGAAAAUGGACAUAUCAGCUUUAGCUUUCUAAAGCCAAAAUUUAAAGACCAGUAUCUCACAUGUCUGUGUAUAUAGCUAGUCUGCUUAAGUGUGAAAGUGGUCUCAUUAUUCUCUGCCUCAACAAAGCAGAGGCUUAAGUUAGGCUUCUUUAAUAGGAUUGACUCCUAAAUCAGAAUUUGCUCUCAUUCAUGGACAGACAUUGUUAAAAUAAGUUGGUAGCAACUUCAUCCCGGUACCAAGGAAACACACGGUUGCCCUUUGUGUCACAGACAGGAACCAAUGCAAUAAGAUGAGAGUUUGAAACUGGAGUUGUCCCUGCUAGGAAGCAUAGGUCAGAGGAUUUUCAAAGGUUAUCAUUCCAUUCUAGCAAAAAACAUUAGCUACUUCCUCUAUUAGGUAGUUGAUGAUGGGUAUUAUGCUGUGGGGGACUUAAGCUUUACUAAAAAUGGGAGCAGUGGCCAAAAGGUUAGGUUUAGAAUAAGUCAAUAGAUGACAUAAGCUAAGGGGGUCUUUUUCAUUCUCUGAAGUUAAACACAAGAGGAAACUCUUCCAACCCAAUUUUUAAAAUUCCUUUUUCCAAGUUGCUUCUUACUUUUGCAACUUACACCUCUCUUAAAUAUCAAGAACAAGAACACCUUGCCAGAGACAAGCAAACAAAAGCCAGGAAGUCAGAAAUAAAAGUAGUAUGUAUGAAUGCAUAUGUGCACUUGUUUGUGUGCUCUUAAUAUAUUCUUUAUUCUUAAGUUGCAAACCUUAAUCUUUGUUUAAAAUAGAACGUUUAUUAGAGUGUGUUCUUUUUUUUUUCAAAAAGUCACAUAUUGAGACAAUGAACGUCAAGAAAAGAUUUCUAAUCCUGUGCAAAAUGGUCAUUUACAUUAAUGUGUCAGAAAUUUUAAAGUAGUCAAAAUGUAAAUUGGUUGUGUCUCUGUCUUUAGUAAGUUCCAGCUUAUUGAAUCCUAUGGUAAUUAAUUUAAGUGAAACUGAAUGAUGGUCUGAAAUAUGGUCUAAGCCAGUCAAUUAAUUCUGUAUUCUCUGUUCAAAGCAAUUUUGAUUAUACUGUGGCUAAGUAAAUUGCACUAUUGUACAUGCAAAGCAGCUUUUUUUUAGGUUAUUCAAUAAACUACUUGGACUGUAGUUCAAUGCAAUAAUAUUUUUUUCAAUAAAAUUCUUAAGAGUAUAGGAAUGUUGGUCAUGUAUUUAUAAGAAAAAUUGAACCAAAAUGUAAGGAUUAAAUCAAAUACAAAAUGGUGUGAAAGUGGUCUGCUUUUCACACUGUUGAUCAUAAUGCAUUCAGCAUUUUAUUUGUUAAUGUAUAUAUUUAUAGUAUAUAUUUAAAUGCUUGGAUUUCGUAGACUAUUUCUUAAUAUUUGAGUGUUAUCAAAUAAAGCUGUUUCCUUAAACUUAAAAUAAAUAUCAAUUAAAAAGUU